GGCGGCUGAUGCUAGUGUUUUGAUAACCGGUGGUGUUGUGUGGUAUUGUCAGUUUGUUAGUGCAACUAUUUGAUUAUGAAUGCUACAAUACGACCUGCACGACAAACAGAUGUCAGGUCGAUCCAUUCCUUAAUCCGGGAACUUGCUGAAUACGAAAAGAUGCCGGAACAAGUAGAGCUGUCUUGCUCAGACUUGGAAGAUCAUCUGUUCGGAUCAUAUUCAUGGGCAGAGGCUAACGUUGCAUGCAUUUCAACCCCUGAAGCAAAAGAAGUCGUGGCUGGUUUCGUCCUGUAUUUCUUUAUUUUUGACCCAAUAACUCUGGAGCGUGUUGUGUAUAUGGAGGACCUGUAUGUCCGUCCCGAGUAUCGGCACAGGGGUCUGGGCCUUGCACUGUGGAAGUCAGUGGCGAGGCGUGGAGUUGAAAAGAAGUGCGAUGUACUGAAUUGGACCGUGCUGGACUGGAACGAACCAUCUAUUAAUUUCUACCUCAAGCAAGGUGCGACAAAUAUAUCGUUGACAAAAGGAUAUCAGAGACUGCGUUUUACCGGCGCUGUAAUUGAUACUCUACUGUCUGAAUCGUGAACAUUUGAGCACCGUGGAAGCAAUUCGUAGAAACAGGUGAUAGAAGUAUUAAUAAAAGGUUAUAGCUGGG